AUGAUUUUGUUUUUGACUCACAGCAACACAGAAUGCCUCGUCGAAGAUCCCGCAACCGGUCUGCAUAGACCGAGGGACUAUAUGCAAAGGCUCGAGGCCAAGGUGGAAUACCUUGAGGAUUUACUGCAGAAGUACCAGCAUGAUCUUCCUUGCGACCGUCAGGUCUCUCCAAGCACUGAAUCAAGAGAAGCUUCUGCGGAAGAGAGAAGUUCACCGGCAGUGGAAUCAACUUCAAAUCUAGACAUGCUCAGCAGCGAAGUGGCACUGCUGUGCCUCAGUGCCGCCGGUCGCGAGCCGCAGUUCUUUGGGCCCUCGUCAGCAGUUUUCUUCUCCCGCAUUGCUAGUGCCAGCAUUGAUUUGCCCCUCCACCGAUCUAGCUGGAGUACCCGGCCGCAGGUUAGAGAUGAUAUUGAAUAUCCCGGCCAGAGCUCAAUGACCUCGGUUGAACUUCCUUCCCCAGCCAAGGCGGCCAUGCUAACCCAGGCCUAUUUCAAAAGCAUUCACCCACAGUAUCCUUUUCUCCAUCGCCCGACCUUUCUGAACAUGGAACAGGAAUGCCUCAAUGCAAGCGGUUUGGGAGAUAUCACUACUGCGGACCCUGUAUCGUUAUUCUUUGUGCUCAUGACUUAUGCGAUUGGGUCUUUGGCUCUAGGACAGCCGGAGGCCGAAGCAGCGCAGAUCUCCGGCAUGGCAAUUCGACAAUGUGUCGAGCUCGGCUACCACCGUAGCACGGAGAAAUACCGACCACGCGCCGACGCGUUGACGAAAGAGAUCUCCAAACGGUGCUUUUGGGUGGCCUAUGAUCUAGACUGCGUCGCGUCUUUCAUCUUGGGGCGACCCAAAGGAAUUCCCGAUAAUGCUAUUGAUGUCGAGCUACCUGCUGAUAUUGACGAUGAGAAUAUUACAGCUGACGGCUUUCUACGCCCUCCACGAUCUUCGCCUACUGAACCUCGGACUUGUAUGACUGGAGUGAUCCACGUCAUCAAAUUACGGCAACUCUGGUCGAAGAUCAGUGACAAUCUGUAUCCAAACAUAUUUAAUUCAUUGGGGCGAGACUUCCUUCAUCAGACGGCCUUGGUUAAGGCACUACGUCAAGAGCUAGAAGAAUGGCGUGCUGGGGUGCCUGAUGAGCUCCGCACCUCUACUGCCUCGCCCCUCUCAGUUUUUGAUUCCCCCAACUGGUUUCAUAUCGCUUACGAUUACUCGAUUCUUCUGUUAUAUCGGGCCCAAAUUACAUCGCCCUCGGCGAUACUGAAGGACUUCCGGGACUCUGGCUCCGCAGAUGCCGCCUUCCAGGUCUGUGCUGACUCUGCUCGUGAUAUCUGCCAACAGUACCGUCGGCUGUAUCAAGUCCGGGGCCGCCGUAUCCAAUUUACUUGGGGCAGUCUUCAUAUUUUGUUUCUCGCCGGAUUGACUUUCAUCUACUGCCUGUGGCGAUCACGGCACCUCCGUCGAUCUACGCCUCAGAGUUCCGUCAUUAAUACCUGCAUGGCCUGCAACACUCUUCUAGUGAUUAUUGCAGAGCGUUGGAGCCAAGCAUCGUCCUAUCGAGACAUAUUUGAAUCUCUGUCGGAGCGUACGAUCAAUAUGAUGUCUGCAGACCGUCACGCUACCCGGCUGGACGAUUCGGAUGGCUCGUUACCCGCGCAAGUUGCCGAUCUACCGGAACUUUUUGCGCCAGAUGCUGGUCUCAACCCAGCUGGCUUUGGCUGGAUGGCAGGUGAUCAAAGAGACGCGUCGCCGAUGAACCUAGAUGCCUGCGGGCCGUUUCAGGAAUGGAUCGCGGAUCUCGACUCCAUACCGCCGCCCGGAGAUCCGCAUUGGUUGACACAAGAACUGUUGAAUGAAAUGGGCGAUCUUCCAAAUAAUUUCGCAACCAACUUUGAACAGACAUGA